AUGAUCGAGCUUCUGAAUGAGAAUGGCGAGCCCACGGAUGCCGAACACAUGAAUGACACGCUCUUCAAUUGCAAUCUGACGAAAGACGGUUCGAUCUCCUUCAAUUCGUUUUGCAUGUUCGGCUGUGAGGAUAGUGGAGAGGGAGGGGAUGAUUUUUGUCAACGAUAG